CGAGGAGAGAUGAGUCCCUGAACAUGGCAUUUAACCGAUUCGUUUUCUAUUAUUCCUCGGCCUCGGUUAACCAUCUUCCCUUGCCUCCGCUUCGCAUUCUUUCGAAGUCUACAUUGCCUUUCCUGAUCUACCCUCAUAAAUUAUCCAAAUUUUCCAAGCUGCCACUUUCAUCCCAUAACCCUGCAAUAAUCACUAGGACUCUGUGUCUAUCAUCACCAUUAUCAUCCAUGGAAUCUUCUCCAGAAGGUUAUAGAAGAAAUGUGGGUAUUUGCCUGAUCAAUCCAUCUAAAAAGAUAUUUGCUGCUUCAAGGCUGGAUAUACCAAAUGCCUGGCAAAUGCCUCAGGGAGGUAUAGAUGAGAGCGAAGAUCCUAAAACUGCAGCCAUCAGGGAAUUAAAAGAGGAGACUGGGAUUAGCUCAGCAGAAGUUCUCGCGGAGGCGCCUACUUGGUUGACUUAUGACUUCCCACCUGAAGUUAGGGAAAAGCUGAAGCAACAAUGGGGAUCUGACUGGAAGGGUCAAGCUCAGAAGUGGUUUCUUCUUAAAUUCAUUGGGAAUGAGGAAGAGAUCAAUCUUUUGGGUGAUGGCACUGAAAAACCUGAAUUCGGCGAGUGGUCAUGGAUGUCACCAGAACAAAUACUUGAUCUUGUGGGCUGUAGAUUUCAAGAAACCUGUUUACAAGGAAGUUUUGGCAGUUUUUGCUCCUUAUCUUGAGUAAACUUGUGCGGACAUGUUGACUGUCUCUUAAGUCAUGAUGUUUGGCAUCAUAGCUCUUGGAUGCAUGUAGAAUAUUUCCUAAGGAUCUGUCAUUGCUGAAGGAAUCAGAGGUUUACUUCUAUCCCAACGUAGGCUAUAUGCUUAUGUUGGUGAUAUUUUUGUAAGAAAUCUGCAAUCUGUUUAGCUUCACCUGUGCUUAAUGAUCUCACUGACCAUAACCAGGGAAAUCAAUGUAGUAAAUAUUUUUGGUAUGGAUGUCAAGGCAAGUUCUGUAGUGUAGAAUUUGAAAUGUACAUUUCAUGCAAUAUACCAAACAAUGUCAUUUCCUUCAUUGAUUUGCUUUACUGCAGACGAAAUUUCUAUUA